CAAGAACCCGACGUGUUUCCCCGACAGCCAAGCCCCUUAUGGUAAACAAAACCGUAAAAAUAAUCUCAUUCUUAUUUAUCUCUCAAACUCCACUCUCCUCCUCCUUCUCCUGGGUCCAGUAUGCCGGUGUACAAGGUUGCCAUAAAGGCCCAGUUCGAAAAUGUGACUGAUUUGGAGGCGCCUGGAGAAGACUUCCAGUAUUGCAUUAAGACUCAGUGCAAUACAUGCAACGAAGUGAGUGAGAAGUGGCAGUAUGUGUCGGGAGACGAGCAGGUGGAGAUGCCGGGGUCUCGGGGCAAUUGCAACAUGCUCUACAAGUGCAAGCUGUGCAACAGAGUUAACACUAUGGACGUCCUCGUCCAGAAGAAGAAGUUGUACACAGCAGACGACGUCCCCAAAAUGAAGGAGGUUAUAGCCUUCGAAUGCCGAGGGAUGAGUGUGGUCAACUUCAAAUUCGGAAAAGGAUGGCAGUGCAAGGGCAGUGAGAGCGGGACCCCCUUCCUCGACCUGGACCUUGACGAGGAGUGGUGCGACUACGAUGAAGACGGCAACUGUCCCGUCGGCAUCUCGGAACUGGAGUACAAAAUCAUGUAAAUAGACUUGUGGAAACAGACUCCAGAGCUGGCGGGGUUUUUGGAACGUCCGUGUGACAUGACAUGAUUGCAGAUGAUAUGUUCUUACUGUCCUGUGAAAGUGUAGGAGGUAUUAUGAGAAUACUUACUUUUUUAUUGUUGCUGUGAGUUGCCAAAGGUGAUUUUUCGAACAUGUUGAAAUAAUGAGAAUCUUUGUGAGUGGUGUAUCAUCUUGCCAUUUUUUAUUGUCAGUUUGUUAUGGACUACAAUCAUCGUCAGCAUUUUGUUAUUUUUUGUACGUACAUCUUUCAUUGAAACAGGGUUAUAAGGGAGAUAAAAAAGAGAGGGAAAGGUUCAUUUUUAGCUAUGAAAUAUGAGUCAUUUUGCAGUUAAAAUGUGUCUUGGGCAAUAAAAUGUUUGUAAGCAA